AUGGCACCAACCGCUUCCGCAAUCACAGUGUUGCCCACGCUGACCCAAAGUGGUGCGCGGGUUGCUCUGCAAGCAGCAGAACAACAUGCGAUUGAGGUUGGCGUUCCAAUGAGCAUCGCAGUGGUCGAUGCACACACCCAUCUGCUGUCUUUUACGCGAAUGGACGGUGCCAAAAUAACCUCAAUAAACACCGCCAUGGACAUGGCUUUUACCGCUGCUGGGAACCGCAUUCCCACCUCCGCGUACCAAGAGACACCAUGGCCUGGCAGCGCAACAUCUGGCAUUGGCAAUAACAUCUCGGGGCGUUUCACCACACUUGGCGGCGGUGUGCCUAUCCUGUCAGUAGAAGGAGACAUACUCGGUGCGAUUGGUUGUUCAACGGGCACGAGCAUGCAAGACGAGGCCGCAGCGAAAGCAGGGCGAGAUGCAGUGCUUGAACUCAUUAGGAAAGAGAAGGAAGCUGAAGAGGCGAGGCUGCAUGAGGAGAGGCAAGCCGUACUUGCGCUAUGGAAAGAGAAGGAAGAGGAAGUUGGCAGUCUAAGAGAAGAGCUCGAGGGCAUGGACCGCAGCAGUAAGAGGAUGCGAUUCGAUGGCGGACGGUCCGGCAGCGCGAGCGUGGCUGGAAGUCUAGCAGGGAGGAGCAUGAGUGCACAGGGCGGGCUGGCACCCGACACGCCGCCUGAAGAAGGCGAACUACAUCCCAGUUUUGUGGGCGAGGUUUCCGUCGGGCGAUAUUAA